ACAAACCCACGAACCGGGAGCGCGUACCCACGGCGUUCCCCUUCUCUCCCCGAGGGGCGAGGAGGAGCAGGAGGAGGGUUGCUCGUGUUUCGGCUCUCGGGGACGGUUUCUGGGGAUUUUUUCCCGUGUCUCUGCCCUCCCACUCCGCCCGCCUCGUGCCCUCUUUCUUCGCUUUUGUUUGCACUGCACUUUUUGUGGGAAGGGGGGCGGCAGGGUAGCUGGAACACCUCGCUUUUAUUUGUAGCGAAGGAAUGUGCUAAAAAAAAAAAAAAGAAGAAAAGGAAAGGAGGAAGAGGGACAAAAGAGAGAAGGGGGAAGGAAGAAGGAGAGGGAGAGAGAGGGAGAAAGAGAGAGACAGAGAGAGAGGGAGGAGAAGGAGGAGGAGGAGGAGGGGAAAGGGAGCAGCAGCUCGGGAACAGAGAGCGCGCCCGGGAGCGGGAGCAGCAGCAGCAGCAGCAGCCGCCGCCGCAGGAAGGAGAAGAGGAGAAGAGCAGAGUGGAGCAGAGCAGCGCGGAGGAGAGGCGGCGCUGGCAGGAGGAGGCAGGCGCGGACCUGGCUCUUUUGGAUGCUGGAUUUUCGGACUCUCGUUGACUCUCUUCUGCUCCCCGGUGCCGUACUGUGAGAGACAAGCACGAGCGUCAGGCUGCAGCGGCAGGGCUCUGCUGGUGGCUCCUGCUGCUGCCGCUGCUGCUUCGGGGCUUGGAUUAAAUUGGCCGCCCCGGAGCCGACCGGGAACAGCAGCGGGAGGAGGUGGCGGCGGCGGGAAGCGGCGGCAGGAGGGCAGGCGGCGGCGGCGGCUGCUGCGGGGACCAGGGGAGCCAGCAUGACCAGGCUCUGAAAAUACUUCAUCUGAAAUUUCAGACCGGACAGACUCGCAGUGGCUUCUAAGCCAGUGAGAACAAGGCUGCCAAAGAAUGCUGGUGCCAAGCUGUCGGAUGAUGCACGUAGUCAGGCCAAUGGUGGUGCUCCUGUGCUUGCUACUGUAUGCUGAUGCUGAAACACCACCAAAGUUUACAAGAACUCCCGUUGACCAGACAGGGGUUUCAGGAGGAGUUGCCUCUUUCAUCUGCCAAGCCACAGGAGAUCCAAGACCUAAAAUUGUCUGGAACAAAAAGGGAAAGAAAGUCAGCAAUCAGAGAUUUGAGGUAGUAAUAGAGUUUGAUGAUGGAUCUGGAUCAGUUCUCAGAAUACAACCGCUGCGUACGCCACGAGAUGAAGCUAUUUAUGAAUGUGUGGCUUCCAACAGUGUUGGUGAAAUAAGUGUGUCCACAAGACUCACUGUUUUACGUGAGGAUCAAAUUCCUCGAGGUUUUCCCACCAUUGAUAUGGGACCACAACUGAAGGUGGUUGAACGAACUCGCACAGCUACCAUGUUAUGUGCAGCCAGUGGCAAUCCUGAUCCCGAAAUAACUUGGUUCAAAGAUUUCUUACCUGUUGACACAAGCAACAACAAUGGCCGCAUCAAGCAGCUACGCUCAGAAUCUAUUGGUGGUACACCAAUAAGAGGUGCCCUCCAAAUUGAACUGAGUGAAGAAUCUGACCAAGGCAAAUAUGAAUGUGUUGCAACCAACAGUGCGGGUACACGCUAUUCUGCCCCUGCCAAUCUAUAUGUCAGAGAGCUGCGAGAAGUUCGACGGGUCCCACCGAGGUUCUCUAUCCCACCCACAAAUCACGAGAUCAUGCCUGGCGGGAGUGUAAAUAUCACCUGUGUUGCGGUGGGGUCGCCAAUGCCAUAUGUGAAAUGGAUGCUAGGAGCAGAAGAUUUGACACCUGAGGAUGAUAUGCCAAUAGGGAGAAACGUCCUUGAGCUUAAUGAUGUCAGACAGUCUGCAAACUAUACUUGUGUUGCUAUGUCUACCCUUGGUGUUAUAGAAGCAAUAGCGCAGAUAACUGUCAAAGCCUUACCCAAACCUCCUGGAACACCUGUUGUGACAGAGAGCACAGCAACAAGCAUAACAUUGACUUGGGAUUCUGGAAACCCUGAGCCAGUUUCUUACUACAUAAUCCAACACAAACCCAAAAACUCAGAGGAGCCAUAUAAAGAAAUUGAUGGUGUGGCCACAACACGUUAUAGCGUGGCUGGCCUAAGCCCAUAUUCAGAGUAUGAAUUUCGUGUAGUUGCUGUAAAUAACAUUGGGCGAGGGCCACCCAGUGAGCCUGUGUCAACAAGGACUUCAGAGCAAGCACCUUCAAGUGCCCCCCGCAAUGUGCAGGCCCGUAUGUUGAGUUCUACCACCAUUUUGGUACAGUGGGAAGAACCCGAGGAACCUAAUGGGCAAAUACAAGGUUACAGAGUUUAUUAUACCAUGGACCCCACUCAGCACGUUAACAACUGGAUGAAGCACAAUGUGGCUGACAGUCAUAUUACCACUAUUGGGAAUCUUGUACCCCAGAAAACAUACUCUGUGAAAGUUCUUGCUUUUACUUCUGUUGGGGAUGGACCACUUUCUAGUGACAUUCAAGUCAUCACUCAAACAGGAGUACCUGGUCAACCACUGAACUUCAAAGCAGAACCUGAGUCUGAAACAAGCAUAUUGCUUUCCUGGACACCUCCACGCUCUGAUACCAUUUCCAGCUAUGAACUGGUUUACAAAGAUGGGGAACAUGGGGAGGAGCAACGGGUUUCCACCGAACCUACUACAUCUUACCGUCUACAAGGUUUAAGACCAAACAGCCUCUACUUAUUCCGUCUAGCUGCACGCUCUCCUCAAGGCCUGGGUGCUUCAACAGCAGAAAUCUCAGCGAGAACCAUGCAGUCAAAGCCAUCAGCUCCUCCUCAAGACAUUAGUUGCACAAGCCCCAGCUCCACUAGCAUUUUGGUAAGUUGGAAACCUCCACCGAUGGAAAAACAGAACGGCAUUAUCACUGAAUACUCCAUCAAGUACAUUGGGAUUGAUGGAGAAGAUGUCAAGCCCCAUGAAAUUUUGGGAAUUUCCUCGAACAGUACCCAAUACCUUUUGGAACAGCUGGAAAAAUGGACUGAGUACCGGAUAUCCGUGACUGCUCACACUGAUGUUGGACCUGGCCCAGAGAGCUUAGCAGUAUUGAUUCGGACAGAUGAAGAUGUUCCUAGUGGUCCUCCUCGCAAAGUCGAGGUAGAGGCUCUCAACUCCACUGCUGUUAAAGUGUCAUGGCGCUCGCCUGUGCCCAAUAAGCAGCAUGGUCAGAUCCGAGGAUACCAGGUCCACUACGUGAGGAUGGAAAAUGGAGAGCCAAAGGGUCAACCCAUGCUGAAGGACAUCAUGCUGGCUGAUGCACAGUGGGAAUAUGAUGAUACUACUGAACAUGAAAUGAUAAUUUCUGGGCUUCAGCCUGAAACUACAUACUCUUUCACUGUGACGGCCUAUACAACGAAAGGGGAUGGAGCACGCAGCAAGCCCAGGCUCGUAUCUACUACUGGUGCAGUUCCAGGCAAACCUCGACUUGUGAUUAGCCACACACAGAUGAAUACGGCUCUAAUUCAGUGGCAUCCUCCUGUGGAAACUUUUGGCCCACUGCAGGGUUAUCGCCUGAAGUUUGGCCGCAAAGACGUGGAUACAUUUACAACCAUGGAGUUCUCAGAGAAGGAAGAUCACUUCACAGCCACAGACAUUCACAAAGGAGCUUCUUAUGUCUUCAGGCUCUCAGCUAGAAAUAAAGUGGGCUUUGGGGAGGAGAUGGUUAAAGAGAUUUCUGUUCCUGAAGAGGUGCCCAGUGGAUUUCCCCAAAAUCUCCACUCGGAAAGCUCUACUUCUACAUCAGUUCAAUUAACUUGGCAGAUGCCACUCUUGGCAGAGAGAAAUGGCAUUAUCACCAAAUAUACCAUCUUGUACAGAGAUAUCAAUGUUGCUUACCAGCCAGUUGAAGUCCCUGUUGUUCCUGCUGAUACCACUUUGACACUUUCUGGCUUAAAACCAGAUACCACAUAUGAUGUAAAAGUACGUGCCCACACAAGCAAAGGGCCUGGUCCAUAUAGUCCAAGUGUCCAGUUCAGGACACUGCCCGUGGAUCAAGCAGUGUUUGCAAAAAAUUUUCAUGUUAAAGCAGUAAUGAAGACUUCUGUUUUGUUGUCCUGGGAAAUUCCAGAAAACUACAAUUCAGCCUUGCCGUUCAAAAUCCUUUAUGAUGAUGGGAAAAUGGAAGUUGAUGGACGUGCUACUCAAAAGCUGAUCACUAACUUGAAGCCAGAGACAUCAUACUCAUUUGUGUUGACAAACAGAGGAAAUAGUGCUGGGGGUCUUCAGCACAGAGUGACAGCAAAGACGGCACCAGAUGUGCUUCGCACAAAGCCAGUCUUCAUCGGAAAGACCAACUUAGAUGGCAUGAUAACUGUGGAACUUCCAGAAGUACCCUCAAAUGAGAAUAUAAAAGGCUAUUAUAUAGUUAUUGUGCCUUUGAAGAGGUCUCGUGGAAAGUUUAUCAAACCAUGGGAAAGUCCAGAUGAAAUGGAACUAGAUGAGCUGCUUAAGGAGAUAGCUAGGAAACGCAGAAGCAUUCGUCUUGGGCGGGAAGUUGAAUUAAAGCCAUAUAUUGCAGCUCACUUUGAAGUUCUUCCUACGGAAUUCACAUUGGGGGAUAAGAAGCAUUAUGGUGGAUUUGAGAAUAAGCAGCUGCAGAGUGGUCAAGAAUAUGUCUUCUUCGUCUUGGCUGUAAUGGAACACUCAGAAUCUACCAUGUAUGCAACCAGCCCAUAUUCUGAUCCUGUUGUGUCAAUGGAUCUUGAUCCCCAACCAAUUACAGAUGAGGAAGAAGGCUUGAUUUGGGUUGUUGGACCAGUUCUUGCAGUGGUGUUUAUCAUCUGCAUUGUUAUUGCUAUACUUCUUUAUAAAAGCAGUAAACCUGACAGGAAGAGGGCUGAAUCUGAUUCUAGAAAGAGCAGCAUACCCAACAGCAAGGAGGUCCCUUCUCACCAUCCCACAGAUCCAGUGGAGCUGCGACGCCUUAACUUUCAAACUCCAGCUUUGAGCAGUAAUUCAGUCCCCUACGCCUCCCUGAUUGGCUCUGUGUCCUCCCUCUCUAGCCAAACUACCACUCAGUCCUUAUAUGAUAAUAACUCUCUCCCACGAUUCGCUCGAAAAGGUAUGGCCAAUCAUCCCCCAAUACCCAUCUUGGAACUUGCAGAUCACAUUGAAAGAUUGAAAGCAAAUGACAAUUUGAAGUUCUCACAGGAGUAUGAGUCUAUUGAUCCUGGUCAGCAGUUCACAUGGGAACACUCUAACCUGGAAGUAAACAAACCAAAGAAUAGAUACGCGAAUGUAAUUGCAUACGACCAUUCUCGUGUUCUACUCUCAGCAAUAGAAGGCAUACCAGGCAGUGACUAUAUCAAUGCCAACUACAUAGAUGGUUACAGGAAGCAGAAUGCUUAUAUAGCCACACAAGGGGCAUUGCCAGAAACCUUUGGUGACUUCUGGAGAAUGAUGUGGGAACAACGAGGUGCAACUGUCGUCAUGAUGACAAAACUAGAGGAGAGGUCCAGGGUGAAGUGCGAUCAAUACUGGCCAAGCAGAGGCACAGAAACCUACGGACUAAUCCAAGUAACCCUUUUAGACACUGUUGAAUUGGCAACAUACUGUGUUCGUACAUUUGCACUUUAUAAGAAUGGUUCAAGUGAGAAAAGGGAAGUGAGGCAAUUCCAGUUUACUGCCUGGCCUGAUCAUGGUGUCCCAGAACACCCGACACCAUUCUUAGCUUUCCUGAGACGAGUCAAGACUUGCAACCCACCUGAUGCUGGACCUAUGGUUGUACAUUGCAGUGCUGGAGUCGGCCGGACUGGCUGUUUCAUUGUGAUAGAUGCCAUGUUAGAGCGAAUAAAGCAUGAAAAGACUGUAGAUAUUUAUGGCCACGUAACUCUAAUGAGAGCACAGAGGAAUUACAUGGUUCAAACUGAGGACCAAUACAUCUUUAUCCAUGAUGCACUGCUGGAAGCAGUGACAUGUGGAAAUACCGAAGUGCCAGCCAGAAACCUGUAUGCAUAUAUCCAGAAGCUGACACAGAUAGAAACAGGCGAGAAUGUCACAGGAAUGGAACUGGAAUUUAAGCGUCUUGCCAGCUCUAAGGCUCACACUUCAAGAUUCAUCAGUGCCAAUCUUCCAUGUAAUAAAUUCAAAAAUCGCCUUGUCAAUAUUAUGCCAUAUGAGUCCACAAGGGUAUGCUUGCAGCCUAUCCGAGGAGUAGAAGGCUCUGAUUAUAUUAAUGCCAGUUUCAUUGAUGGAUACAGACAACAAAAAGCUUACAUAGCUACACAGGGUCCUUUAGCAGAAACAACUGAAGACUUCUGGAGAAUGCUCUGGGAGCAUAAUUCUACAAUUGUGGUCAUGCUCACUAAGCUACGAGAAAUGGGCAGAGAAAAAUGCCACCAAUACUGGCCUGCAGAGCGCUCAGCCAGAUAUCAGUAUUUUGUCGUAGAUCCAAUGGCAGAGUACAACAUGCCACAGUAUAUUCUGAGGGAAUUCAAGGUUACAGAUGCAAGGGAUGGACAGUCCCGAACAGUGAGGCAGUUCCAGUUCACUGACUGGCCAGAACAAGGAGUGCCAAAGUCUGGAGAAGGAUUUAUUGACUUCAUAGGCCAGGUGCAUAAAACAAAAGAGCAAUUUGGUCAGGAUGGACCAAUUUCUGUUCACUGCAGUGCGGGUGUUGGAAGGACUGGAGUAUUCAUAACCCUGAGCAUUGUAUUAGAAAGAAUGAGAUAUGAAGGUGUUGUAGACAUCUUCCAGACUGUCAAAAUGUUAAGGACGCAGCGGCCAGCCAUGGUACAGACAGAGGAUCAAUACCAGUUCUGCUAUCGAGCCGCACUGGAAUAUCUGGGCAGCUUUGAUCACUAUGCAACAUAAAAACCCAUUGUGGAUUUUUAUUGCAGGCCCUUUAAGAUCCGGAGAGCCGCUUCUGAGCCAUACAAUGUGCUUUAGAAGUACUUCUUAACUCUUAGCUAAGGAGCAAUUAUUGGGGAUAUAUAAAAUAAAUUUAAAAAAAGAACAAAAAUAUUGGGGAUAUAUAAAACAAAAAAACAACAAAAAAAAAACCCCACCCAACAACAACUGUUCCAUGUGGACCAAGAAUUCACAGUUUAAUAACCUAACCAUAAUAAAAGAAUCCUGACCACUGAGGUGUCUGAAGGAUCUCAUUUACAGAUACCUCAAGGGUUCGACAUUGGUUGAAGUCAAAGGGAAGAGGAAAUUAAUCAGAAAAAAAUAUCAUCUUGUUCAGGAUUACAUGCUUUUGCAAAGAGGAGUUUUGAGAACUGCAGUUCAGUGCAAGAUGUUUGUUGCAAGGUUGGAUCCUGGCUUCUCAAACAAAACUGACUCUUUACUUCAACAUCACCCUUUCCUGUCAUAAUGCUCAUCAUAACACUUUAGGGAAAAUGUGGGAAUGUUUAAAAAGAAAGUCCUUGAUUUAGUUUUUUAGUAUUGUAAAGAUACUGCUGACCUGUGCUUCAUUUUUAACUGUGUAAACUUUUUUCCUUUUUUUAACAAGAGGUUAUCAUUCAAUGAAGUGAAUUAAAGAAAAGGUUGCAUAACUGUUAAUAUUUUUGUUUAAAUAAUGUAGAUUUUUUUUAAGCUGUAGAACUGUUAUCUGUAAUAUUGUGCUGUAGAAAUGUUAAAUACUUUGAAAAUUUGCACAUUUUUGUGCAGUCCUACAGUACCACAGUCUUGUUAGAUAUUAAUUUUAUAGUUUUAUUUGUGUUUUUUUCCUUAAGAAAAUAUUCAUUGUAAUCAGUUAAAUCAAAAUGGUUUCUUUUGGAAUCAACAGGGAGGCGCAAAGUAUAAAGUUGCUGCUAG